CAAGUGGCAAUGGACAUUUGGAACCAGGUGUGACAGGAAUGGUAGUUCGAUAGGAAUCAUAGCCCGUUCCCCAUUAUUGUACUUUGCACAAGUGACGUUCGUCCCAUAUACACUGUACUAACCCUAAUGCUCCAACUAACCCUCACCUGACAGCUGUGCUUGUCACAUGGGACCCAGGACUUCCAUUCCUAGGACGUACCACCAAUCCUGUCACAACUGGACAACAUCUCUCAACAUUUUCACGUGUGCUGUCAAGGUUUAUUGCUCAUGGAUGACGGACAAACAAUUCAGUCGUUCUCGUAGAUUACUGACGAUUAGAGUGACCAUGUUGGUAUUGAGUAGACCCUCUGCACGUGUCAAAGCGUGGUACUGGAUGAUUUCAAGCAUUUUUCAAUGGCACCAACCUGCUGAUUCAAAUUUUAGAUUUUUGUGAAAGAUGGGUUUCCAAAAGCGACAACAUGGCGUUACAAACUUCCCGGCGAUCACACUAGUGUUACUGGCUGUAAUAAUGUAUCGGUAUGAAUGCUCAGCCGGGCUAAUUGACGGCCACUCCAUGGGGCAAAUAUUGGAUCACGUAGUGCACAACGCAUUAGGGGUGUCGGAAAUGCAAGCAGCAUUUGACCAAGUGGGUUACAACGAACGGGUUAUAGAUGGCCCACGGACUAUUCAGGAGCUUGCUGCUGCUCUGCAGAAGAAGUUUGCCGAACCUGUGAACGCCCUAUUGAGAGUGAAGAACGCCAUUGAGAGACAAUACGUACAUUUUACUGACACUAACACGAUGGACAAAUGUUGCAAUGUUACUGGCAACUUAGUCUAUGACUUUCGAUUUCGGACUAAGAUAAAUACCGACGAAAGCUGCGUGUCUACAGCAGCCCUCUCGCCUCCAAAUCUAAAGUUUCCAACGGCGCUGGUCCACCAGACAAUGAAGGAGAACUUGGCGGCCGACCCGACGCUGAAGUGGCAGUACUUCGGCAUGGAGACUGGAGUGUUUAUGUCCUAUCCCUCUCAGAUGAUGGACGACUGUGAGUCCUACGACCCAAGAUACAGACCCUGGUAUGCGGAGGCAGCCACACAGAAGACCAAAGCCGUGGUCAUUGUUAUAGACACAUCUCGCUCCAUGGGGGAUACUCACAACGGGAGGACGUUGUUAGAGAUAGCUAAAGAAGCCGCCAAAUCUGCAGUGGACACCAUGAACCCAAAUGACAGCUUUGCCAUCGUUGCCUUCUCUGAUUCUGCCACCACGCCACGUUUUACUGAGCACCAGAUAGUGACAGAGAACGUGGACACGUGCUACGAAACCAAAAUGUCAAGGGCCACGCCCAUGAACGCGAAGAACCUGAAAAAGUUCAUAGAUGGCCUGAGUGCAGGAGGCGCUACCAACUACGCAGCUGCAUUAACCAAAGCCUUCGAGUUCUUGAGACAUUCCAAUACCACAGCAGAGGAACCAAGCAUAUUGUUCUUAACGGACGGUAUAUUAACAGCCGGUGGAGACCCGUUGCAAACAAUACGAGACCAGAACGCCUUACUGGGGAACAAAGUGGUCAUUUUGACGUUUGGUAUAGGACGCUCCCUUGGUUACGAGGGAAGAACCGUCCUAUAUAACAUGGCUAUUCAAUCAGCAAGUAAUCCAGCAUAUGGUCCAAUAAAGCGUGGGAGGUUUGCGUAUGUCGCUGACCCUGAUCACCUCCGGUCAGCCAUGUCCUCUUAUUACGAUUACUUCUGCACAAUACACCAAAACCCUCGGCCAAUUUUCUCUGUGCCGUAUCUGGACAGCCUGGGCCUUGGUUUGGUGACGUCACUUUGUUUACCGGUGUUCUAUGCCGACACGCUGGUAGGUGUGACGUGCUCUGACGUCACACUCUCUGAUCUUCUGACAGACAUCAGCACUCUUCGUGAAGGGGAAGUCAGCUAUGCCUUUGUAAUAGACGGUGCUGAAAGAACUAUCUUUCACCCUCUUCUUCCCAAACCAUAUAAUGUUGAAUCCGACCAAAUCUUCAUCAACAUCAACCAACUCGAAAAGUCAACAGAAUUUAAGGAAGUCGUGCAAUCUAUGGCAAGAGGUAACCAUGGCAGCAAGUCAUUUGUGUCGACAAGGGUCAAUUCACGAGGGGACGACUUCCGCGAGGGUGUCCAUGCAGUGCCCGUGUAUUCCCAUUACUUUUGGCAUCCAAUCAUUGGUACUAACUUCUCGGUGUGCCUAGUUCUUGGAGACGGUGACAGAGUGGUGACCCUGAAAAUGCCGGACACUAUUACACCUGAAAUGUUUAAGUACCACAGACUUGACCUUAAGCCAGGAGAGAGCCAGUGCAGGCACUUUGCGAGAGUGGCAACCACGACAUCCAGUACUGUGAUGUUUGGUCCCAUUGCUUUCAAGAAAUUGUAUCUCUACCUGGAUACCAAUGAAACCCUGGAGUCCGUGCACGGAUAUGAAAGUUAUCUAAUGGGAAAUACUACUGAUGAUCUCGGCCUAAAGGAUUCGGUGAAAGCCUCAGUGGCCAUCACAUACCAGGCGGAACAGAUCUGGAAGAACAAGCAGCUGUUGUCACAUUACGUGGUGUGGAGAUACAUAGGAACUGUAGAUGGCGUUGUGCGCGUAUUUCCAGGAGUGCAACUGUCUAAGAAUUUUGAUGUAACACAAAGACAAUGGUUCAAGAGAACGGCGACGUAUAAUAACAAGAACGUGUUGACAGCGCCAUAUCUAGACGCUUGGGGAGCAGGUUUCGUGGUUACGCUUAGUCACGCUAUUUAUGAUAGCAGAUAUGCCGGAAAGAACUCUUCCAGUGGAGAGAUUGUUGCUGUCAUGGCAACCGACAUGACGGUGAACUAUCUUGACCAGAUCGUGCAGCUGUACGGGCCCUGCAAAAGCGCCACCUACAGGUGUUUUAUAAUCGACAGCGCGGGUUACCUGGUAUUCCAUCCCUACUUCGUCACCGUGUCUGAUAAGCCGCAGGUCGCCACCAUGCACAUGUUAUUCCAGGAACCAGCGGUGGGGUAUGAUCUAGUACAAAAAGGAAUUCUACGCAGAGAAUCGUGCGUAGAUCUCGAGGCCAUUAAAGAACGCCAUUACUGGUGGGUGCAUUUACAAGACUCGGCCUACCCUGACGGAGUAGAUAACAUGGGCCGGCGCCCUUCUUAUGAACUAAGGCCCAUCACCAAUAGCAACGUGUUUUUCGUCAUACGGCAACAUCCCAUACCAGAUACCCAUGACUGUCUUUGUGAUAAUUACAUGGGUCACCCUGGAAACAGUUCCUGUCUCCGAGAUGAUGAAUACCCGGAUGAUGUGUGCGAGUGUCCAUGUUAUCGGAACGCUCUCUUCAAUUACUGCGACCACGUGUACAACAUCAGCCACUCCGCUUCCUCUCACGCGUGCACCCCACAAACCCCCGAUCUUACCGAUAUGUCCUCAGGGGAGUUCGGCCGGGUCCAGCAGCUCAAGCCGUGCUACGAUAUACAGUGUGCUAACAUGACCACGCAAGACAUGUGUUACUCCAUGGCUGGCUGUAGCUGGUGUCAGGAGGCCAGUGACGGCUCACAGUUGACCACGCCCUUUUGUGCCACGCAGUUUGUUUGCUACUUCGGGCGUAUAGGACAAACUUGUCCAUACGACAACUGCCCAGGAGACACUAUUAGCACGGGGCGCAAGGACCAAGAGGCAAACCAGGCAGGAGAAAACGGGGACAAUAUAGGCAUCAUACUUGGUGGUCUCUUCGGCAGUAUGGCCACCGUGGGGAUAUUCGCAGCAGCCUGCAACAUUCUCUUUCAAAGAAUGAAAUCCAGGCGACGGCGGCGGUACGCCAGGACCAGACGUGGGUCACCAACAUGGACAUCUCCGGCGGCGACAUCCCCGUCGACAAGCGACCAGUCCCAGUCGUUACCUGCCGUGGACGAGAUCAGGUCGCCAUAG